GCUCCGAGUCCGUGGCUCACGUCGCGCUUCGGCUGCAGUGGAGAGUGCCAGUGGUUUAGCCGCAGCACGGGCGCUUCCCACCGAAACGAGCGGGAGGGGGCGGGGAUGUGAGGGAACGGAGCGAGCGCGAAAGUGGCGGCGAAACAAGAUGGCGGCGAGGCCGAGACUUUACCAUAAUGUCCACGGAUGGGGGUUUUGCAGGAGGAAACAGUGAUGCACAGCAGUGUCUUCAGUCUUUCUGGCCUCGGGUCAUGGAUGAGAUUCGAAACCUAACAGUGAAAGAUUUCAGAGUUCAAGAGCUCCCAUUGGCACGCAUUAAGAAGAUCAUGAAACUAGAUGAAGAUGUGAAGAUGAUCAGUGCAGAAGCUCCUGUUCUGUUUGCCAAGGCUGCUCAGAUAUUCAUCACGGAGUUGACACUACGAGCUUGGAUACAUACAGAAGACAACAAACGUAGGACUUUGCAGAGAAAUGAUAUUGCUAUGGCCAUCACGAAGUUUGAUCAGUUCGACUUUCUCAUUGACAUCGUUCCAAGGGAUGAACUUAAACCUCCAAAACGGCAGGAGGAGGUCCGCCAGGCUGUGACUCCAGCAGAACCCGUCCAGUACUACUUCACUCUGGCCCAGCAGCCAGCAGCUGUCCAGGUCCAGGGCCAGCAGACGGGCCAGCAGACCACCACAUCCACCACCACAAUCCAGCCCGGGCAGAUUAUCAUCGCCCAGCCUCAGCAAGGGCAGACCACUCCUGUGACCAUGCAGGUGGGAGAAGGGCAACAGGUGCAGAUCGUUCAGGCCCAGCCACAGGGGCAAACCCAGCCGGCACAAAGUGGGACCGGGCCAACUAUGCAGGUCAUGCAGCAAAUCAUCACCAACACAGGCGAAAUCCAGCAGAUACCGGUCCAACUUAAUGCCGGCCAGCUGCAGUAUAUCCGCUUAGCUCAGCCUGUGUCUGGGACUCAGGUGGUCCAGGGCCAGAUCCAGACGCUCGCAGCCAACACACAGCAGAUUGCGCAGACAGACGUUCAACAGGGGCAGCAGCAGUUCAGCCAGUUUACCGAUGGACAGCAACUCUACCAGAUCCAACAAGUGACUAUGCCUGCCGGUCAAGAUAUCACCCAACCCAUGUUCAUCCAGUCCACGAAUCAGACAACAGAUGGACAGGCACCACAGGUCACGGGAGACUGAUCAGCUCCAGCCAGAAGCUUUCCGCAUGUGGCAGAAUUCAUAGUGACUUGAUUGUGUUCCCACGGAUCAAGUCCAGAAGCAGCCUUUAACUAGUCCAUUCCCUCCCUCCCAUGUGUCUUCAUUGAUAGAAAGAUGUCAAGGCUUGUGAUCAGCAUUACAUCAACUGCUUAUGUUGGCUGGGAGUAGAGGAUGCCACAGGAACUGACUACAAUGCAAUAUAUGUAUUUUCUUUUUAUAUGUCUGGGAUUUUUUCUUUGCCUUCUCUCUUCUCCCGUCCAUUACAUUUGAAAUCAAAAAAAUCUUUAUCCUGUUUCAUCCCUGAUUGCGCAUAUCACAUUAUCAUUAAAUCUGAAAGUGUGUUAGUAUGUACAUGUGUAUAUACAGUGUGUGUGUGUGUGUGUGUGUGUGUAAGAGAGAAUGGGUCGAGGGAUUCCUCUUUUUUUUUAAUGUCCCAAAUCCAGGUGCUGCUAACUGCAGCUCCCAAGUAUGAAAAUAAACAGGAAACACCCAGCUUUUCCUUUAUGAACCUAUUUUCUAAAGGCAUUAAAUUUGGCCUCAAACUAUUUUGGAAUGACUAAAGGGAUUUGGACAUGCAAAUGCAAUGUAUUGGGUAAUGUUAUAAAAUUCAGCCAAUGCAUGUUUUUAAAAAACGCAUGAAAUGCAAUAAACCUUUUUUUUCUAUAA